CAGGCUGUAGACACACCUACAAGCUAGUUUUGUCAUUUUUCGAUGUGGCCAUGGCGUUCUUUAUAAAAAACAAAAUGUUUGGUUUAACAAUAACUUUGAACACUUUAUCAUGGGCUGGAUUAAUAAUGCGAGAUCAAUACACGAAGACUCAAAGGAUCAUCGUCAGAGUGUAUGCAUGGCUGGUUUUCCUAUAUCUAUUUGUUGCUGCAGCUUGCGUACAAAUCGCGGACAUUAUUGACAUCUGGGGUGACAUUAAUCUCAUGGCGGAAACAGCUUUGCUUCUCUUUAUGGAAUUCGCAGUGAUUUCUAAGCUUUUAACCUUGUUAUUGAGAUACGAUAGAAUAAUGGAGAUCAUCAAUGGAACUGAAGAAAUAUUCUAUUUUGAAAACAGAUUGGAAGGCCAAAGGAUUAUCGCAAGUAUCGAUAAAGAGACGACCCGGUUUUUACAGUUCAACAGUGCAUUUGUUGCUUUGUCGACUGUUUUCUGGUUCAUGGGUGAGCAUAGCAGCACAUUUUUCAUUCGAGCUCCUCCUCCUCCUCGAGUCGUAUACCCGUUUAAUGAAAUGAAAUCACCGGGCUAUGAGUUUGCACUUAUACAUCAGUGCAUGAUGAUGGUAUUCACGGGAUAUACUGUGUUCAAUAUUAAUAUCUUCUUCGCAUCGGUGGUCGCAGGCUGCCGUUGUAGACUAAAGCUAGUGGCUUUGUCGAUACGAAAUAUCUGCAUCAAUAUACCGGUGAACAAAAAGAAUCUUAUAACACCAGAAGAAGAAAAAAUCGUUAAAGAAAGGCUUCACUGUGCUAUUUCGCAACAUAAGUGUGCUCUGAACGCAGCGAAGGAUAUUAAGAAUUGUAUAUCCGGAUUUCUUUUGGUGCAACUCACUGUAUCCAUUAUUAUCAUCUGCACUACGGCAUAUCAAUUGGCUGUGAACAAAGCAAUUGGUAAUAUACAAAAAACAUCAAUGGUUGGGUAUAUCCUUGGAGCGUCACUUGAAGUUUUCUUAUUCUGCUUUCAAGGAGAAUUUCUUCGUAAUGCGAGUGAAGAAAUUGCGGAUGCUGCAUAUGAAUGUCCAUGGUACACCCUCACUCAACCUUUGAAAAGGACCCUUUUAAUAAUCAUGAUGCGAGCACAGAGCCCCGUCAUUCUCACGGCGGGGGGUUUCAUUGAUUUGUCCAUCAGAGAAUUUAUGGGAAUACUGAAAGCAUCCUACAGCUUUUUCACGGUUCUCCAACAUGUCAACGAAUAAGACAAUGCAUAUUAACUAUCUCAAGUUUGUCAAGAUUUUUCUUCUCACAUUACCUAAUUUAAAUAAUUUUAUGCAAUUGUGUGAUCAACACCUAAACCUUUUCUUACACUUUCUGAACACCUUAACUACGAAUUUUAUAAAAAAAUCAUAAUAAAUGGAAAUCGUCUACAAACAACAGACCUUCCAACAUCAUCGUCGAGUGGAAGAGCACGAUCGUCCACCAUCCCCACCUUUUGGGAACAACGAGGCGAAAUGGAUCAUCAUUAUCAUUAAUGGAUCGGGAGGAUCCGUAAUGACGUGUUUAGGGCGACGUCGACUGUUUACCGUCCGGUCUACAGGAUCGGGUAUAUAA